AUGAGUGUAGCCGAGCGGCUAUACUCGGGUUCUCCUUAUUUAAUAAUUAUUAUAGCCGCGCGGCUAUACCAGCCGCGCGGCUAUACGCGUACACCAUCAGACAGAUUGGCUGAUGAAGUUUGGGAAAAGGACAAUCAUAAAGUUGAAGACCUUGAAGCAGUUCAGAUGUUGCAGGACAUUUUCCUCAAAGCAGAUAACAGGGAGUUGCAAGCAGAAGUUCUAAACAGAAUGUUCAAAAUAUUUUCAAGUCAUCUUGAAAACUACAAGUCGUGCCAGCAGUUACGGACUGUUCCACUUUUCAUCCUAAAUAUGGCCGGUUUUCCUCCAUCUUUGCAGGUCAUACUUUUAAAAAUUCUCGAGUAUGCUGUGACUGUUGUGAAUUGCGUUCCGGAGCAAGAAUUACUUUCACUUUGUUGCUUGUUGCAGCAACCAAUAUCAUCAGAAUUAAAGCACGCCAUACUUUCUUUCUUUGUUAAACUUUUAUCCUUCGACCAGCAGUGCAAAAACGUCCUCCGAGAAGUUGGUGUCCUGGAAGUUUUGUUGGAUGAGCUGAAGCAGCACAAGUUACUUUUGGGUUCAGACCAUCAAAGUGGAAAUUCUAAUCAGUUGGAGAGAAAGUCCAACUCAAGCAGCUUUAAAAAGCACUUGGACAAUAAGGAUGUCAUUAUUUCAUCACCCAGACUUAUGGAAUCUGGUUCAGGGAAGCUUCCUAUAUUUGAAGUUGCUAUUGCGUGGGAUUGUAUGGUCUCAUUAUUAAAGAAAGCGGAAACUAAUGAAUCGUCUUUCCGUUUGGCUAAUGGUGUAACUGCGGUUCUCCCUUUUCUUGUGUCUGAUCUACCGGUGCUGUUAGAGUUCUUAUUCGUUCAUUACUGA